UUCCCCUGUGCAAUAGCCCUUUUACUGCCAGCUCUCACGAGUGUAGCUUUCAUUUGCUGAAGAAACCGUAAACAAAGUGUUUGUCUCCUCGCGCAGGGAAUGGUUUGUGGCAAGUAAUUCUUCAUGUAGCGCUUUUGUGUGGUAUCAUGGCGCAGGGAGGUGGUAACGAGCGUGAAACACUUGGGAAGUUUGUGAAAACACAAUCAGGUUAUGGAACAACAACCUCGUCUAAAAAGCACACUCAACACAAGUCGUCAAAAUUUAUUAAACACAUGCUUACGAAGGAGGACAACUUGGUGGGCCUAUCGCUCAAGUAUCAAUGUACGGUUGAAGUGUUGAAAAGGGAAAAUAAACUGUGGAACAAUGACAUGCUUUUUCUACGGGACCAUGUACUCAUACCACUGUCUCCAGAAAAUGAACAUCUUGCACAGCCUGAAAUUGUUGUGACAUUUUCUGAACGAGAACGUACUGGAUCUGUUAAUUCUAUUGGGUCUAACAACCCUCCUGACAAAGAAACCAACCAGGAGGUGACUUCUGGCAAAGAGGAAGUGCAGACUGCAACAGAGGUGGAAAGUUGCAAAAAAGAAAGUAACCCUCUGGACUUUUUCAGUAAAUAUGACUCCAGUCUAGCAAAACUGAAGUCAGAUGUUGCCAAAAUGGAAAAAAAUGCAGAAUUUCUCAGCGAGAUUGAUUCUCAUAAUCCUCUGCAGUUUCUUCCACGCAAAGGGUCUACAAGCUCCCAAAGUUCCCGGCGAACUAUUUCAUUUGAGGACACACCAAGCUCUCCAGUUCUUGUGAUCCGCACACGCACACAGGCACGUAUGGUGCAGGACUCUUUAGAAAAAAGUCAAAAAGCAAAUGAUGACCUGUUUGAAUUAUGAUGAAGCAUCUAAUAAUGUGAACUCUCAUUUAUGUCCAGUGUAUUCUUACAGAGUUGAAAGUAUCACCUAUAGCAAGACAAAUAUGCUGGCAUUUUAAAGAGUUGCAGGAGUCAGUAUAAAUGUGAUCUGAAUUCUGUAUAUUACAAAAUUUGUUUAUGAAGGAUUUUAUGUAUUUAGUGUGGUUUUCCAUCACAAUGUACAUUGCCUGAUAGACUUCUUUCUCAACCUUCUAUCCCUGGCAGACAUUUGACAAUGCAUUGGAAAAGCAGCUGUAACAUUUCUGCAGAUAAGUAAUGACUGUCAUGUGUAACAGACUUGGUAUAUGUAUAUCAACAGCACGUGUUUGCAUGUACUUGUGUGGGGAAAAAACUUUCAUCUGUUAACUUUUAGGAUACAGACUAGAUUCUGACAAACAUACUGUGAUAAUAAUCGCCAAGGAUUUGAGGGUGGGGGAUAAGAAACUUGUAACCACUGCCUAUAAAAUAUAUUAAUGAGGAAGUAGUAAAAUAUGUAUGAUUGGUUGUUUGGUUUCUUUUGUUUAUAAUAAGAAUGGCUAGACUUUUGCAGUGUGAAUUCACAGAUGAAAUCAUCUGCAUGUUCUGUUGAAAACCAGGGCAUGCACAUUUUUUUCAAUAUCCUCAUUUGAUUUUGCAAGAUCAUAAAUGUAUUUAUAUAACAAGUAAAGGUCAUUGGAUUUGUGUGGCAGUAAGCAUUUGUUGCUGGCAUAUUCAGGGUUAUAGCAAUAUAAAGCUGUGGAUACUCUUUGCAGUGUUUUCGUUGUGGGAUUGGCUUGGAUGAUAGGAGUGCUAAAUGAAGAUAGUUUACUCGAAGCUUGUACAACUCUUUGGUCACAGUUUUUCAGCUGUUAUUUAUGCCAUGACUUUCAAAAGAUAUUAUAAAUGGUUUUGUGACUUCUAUCAAAUUUCACAUGCAUUUUCAGUAUAUUUUUUUGAUGAGGAAUGGCAUGUGGAGGGUGUUAAUGUGGUUAAUGCCUUUGUCUGUUCGUAAUAGACCUUUUUAAUCUUCCACAUUUUUAAUGGCUGCACAUUAUAUUCUGAAUUUAUCUGGACUGGAGGUUUGUUAUAUAAAUUGCAGUAAGAAAAACAAAAGAAACUGGUGGUAUUUUAAUACUGAAAUAGUUGUGCAUGAAAUUUGAUUGUGAAAGUUUUAAAAUUAUGGCAACAUAAAGUAUGUCAUAGUAAGAUUAUCAUGAUAGUAAUGAUGGCAUUUUAAAAUAUGCUGUAAACACUAAAGGCAUACAGUUCUGAUUAUUGUUGUGUGGUUUUUUUACCUUUUGUUUUUGGUUGUAUGUACUUUACAGGUUAUUAUCUCUUAUGCUACAUUCUGUUUCCACUCCACCAUUGAUCUAAUGAGCAAGAAGACAACAAGAACAAAAAUUAGUUUUUGAUUUUAAGCCUGAAACAGGAAAUAUAAACCUGGUGAAUUGCCUGUUUUAACAGAAUCAUUUAAGGAAUCUGACCUGACCCUGAGAAGUGUUUUAGGAAGGAUUUUGAAGGACACAUGUAUCAGAUAUCCUAAAGGUAUUUAAGGAUAAGUACAAGUGACAGCAGUAAUGUUGUCUAUAUAUGAUUAAUUUAAAGUCUAUGAGUAAAUCUUUGGAAGGGCGCUAUAUAAAUCCUCAUUAUUAUUACAAAUACUAAUGGAUGGAGGCUCAGUGCAAUGUGCAUGAAAGACUACAAAUGAACUGACAAGUCAACGACAAAAAAGAAAGAAGUGCCAACAAACAAAGAACACCAUGGCAACCAUAAAAUAUGGACUAAAGAGGGAGCAGAAAAAUUCACUUGAUAAUGAAAGGUACUUAUUAAAGAAGUGGGUUUGGAGACAAGACUUGAAAACUUCAAAAGAUACCCUAAGCAUAGAAAGUAUCGAGGUAAUGCCAGAUAAAAUUGUUGUGGCGUCUUUUUUCCCUCAAAAUAUGCAGUUUCUGUAGUGUAUGUACAGGUUUGUUCUUGUUUUCAGGCAGAUGCAUUUAAAAGUGAAAAGAUUUGUAGAAUUUCAGAAUUUUCCUGAUGACAUUGUGUACAUGCAAUAAAGGCAACUGUUCGCAUGAGUUCCCUACAGGUUUCUCUUGCUUCUUUAAAGUAUUCAUAGGCGUAGGUGUUGACUAGUUAAUAGGUAGUGACCAUAGGAACAACAAAUGAAUUGAAAGUGGUUCACCAUUUCUAGGGCCUAGCAUGUGGAAUGUAGGUAGAGUGCAACCCUUUCCUUCUGACACCUUUAAAGUUCCCUCAUAAAUCAGCUCUCAUUGAUGCACGAUAGACAUGGAUAAGUUUAGAAGCCUGAGUGGGCCUCAAACUAGUUCUGAAAUUAAGUGCACUAACUUCCAGGCUGUGAAGCCUUCUCUUUCAGAUGUAUGCAGAUUAAUUUACUUAGAAACACCUCUUUUCAAUAGUGUAUUUUUAUUUUGUGGGCAUGUUUUUCAGCAUUAUGAUGUUUCAUUUUUUAAUAUCAGUGCUGAUCUGACUACUCCCUACUUGCAGAAUGCGAGUAAUUGAGGAAGUCAAUGGUCUAAACCAAAGAGCAGUCUAAGUCUUAUCUGUGAACAGCACAUUUGAUGUUGUUUCCUCAUUGUGUCUAUUAAUAAGUUGUCAAUUUCAAGGAAAAACAUUAUGGUGACAGAUUAAUGGAUAUCAUGGUUCAGGGCUGCUGCUUUAGUAGGGCACGCACAUAAAAGGACUAAAGACUUCAAAAAUAUCAUACAGUUAAAAAGUAACUUAAGUUUAAAACAUUUUUCAGGUGACUGCUUAGUUCAUUGAAGAAACCAAAUCUCAAAAUCUGCAAAUAACUCUAUUCCAUCCACAAGAUGUAACCCUUUAAAAAUUGCAUUUCUUGCUUGUAUUUUGAAAACGAAUUCAAAUCAGAUUUCCAUCAAGAUGCCAUAAAUGCAAGUUGUUUUGGCAGUACCUGAUUAAUACGAGCUUGAAGCUCACAAAUCGACUAUGUCCUUCAAUGACGUCUGAGAUAAAAGAUCCUCUUGCAUAUAUAAAAUUAUUGCCCUUUCUAAGCUUGUCAGCAGCUACCAUAGUAACUCUCAUCUGCUUAUACUCCUAAAUUAUCUCCCCUAAAGAGUUUUUUUUAACAAUCUGUAAUUUUACUUAAAAAAAUUAGCAGUCACAAUGCAUUUUGUGACCAAAAUAAAAAAAAGGAUAGCUCUGUUCUGUUAAUCUUAUUAUUGAGCUUAACUUCAAGUUUAGCUCAAGUUAACCUUUAGUAAAAGAACUGAGCUCACAGGGUUAAGACAGUUAAAAGGGUAAUGCUCUUUAACUGAAUUUUUUUUUUUAAGUGUAGGUUUAAUUGAACAAUCCUUUUAUUUUCAAGUACUUACUUCCUAGAAAUAUUUUUUUCAAAAUGUUUUAAUUUGCAAAUAGCAUGACAUCUAUUUUAUUAAUUUACAUCCCAUAGCCUUACAUUAAAUGAAUGUAUAAAACAUCUUAAAUACCCAUCUUUUUUUCUCCUUUAAAAUAUAUUAUUAAAUUUAAGAUAAUAUUAGUUUUGAUUUAGCUUAGCAGACCAAAUCUUUGACAUAUCAGAGUGUGAUGACCACUAGCUAGUAACAACCGAGCAAAAGCUUUCAUUUCCUUGUUGUGAGUUAUUGCUGCUGGGUUUUCAUACUUCAAAAACUGAAUGUACUGUAUCGUUGAAUAAUAACUAGUAACAGUGUUGAAAAGUUAUAAAACAUAUCUAAGCAGAGUUCAGUUAGGUAAGGACUUCCAACACACUCAGGUUUGAUAUCUUUUUCUGUUAUAAGAUUAUUUUGAGCUUGUAGCCAUUAAACUAUUUAAAAUAUGUACAUUUUGUUACUUUACAUUACAUUUCCAAUUACACUAGAGCAAGAAGCUAUUUUCACUUGUCUCUGCAAUUAAAGCUUUCGGCAAAAGAUUUCUGUAUGGCAACAUUUUACUAUGGUAAAUAUAUUAAACACAUACUUGAUGACAAGUCUGAUGUGUACGGGAAUGUUACUUAAAUUUUGUAAAGGUACUUAAGCUCACUUGUGUUAAGGUUGAGAUAUAUUUAUAUAAAGUAAAUCAUAAAUUAUCAAUGCUAUCUUGAUACCAUUAUGGUCUUUAUCUGAUGAUUGUAAACUCAGUUUGUAUCCCAGUGAUACAUCACAUAUUAUGGAAGAAUACAAGGUACAGUAAAAGAAACUUCACCACCAAAUUAAACAUGAUUUUGAUGUUGGCCUGAUGUUAUUAUUGUAAAUACAUUGUAAUUGCUGUCCCAACUUGUAAUGGUCAGCAAAAGAAAUAUUUUCAUAAUAACAAUUACGGAGGUUAAUGAGGGCAUAUUUUUUAUCCUGAUGUGACUUGUUUUAAGGCUAGCACAUAGCAGAGAUAUACUAUUGGGCAGAAAAACAAUUUAUUCAUGAGACUUCACAUAGGUAGCUGUAUUUCACCAAAGUUUUAUGUCGCAUUUUCAUGAUUUUAAAAACUUUAAGCAGUAAAAGAAAAGUUGCCUUGCAUUGUUUUAGAAGAAUAAUGCAGAAAAACAUCACCUAAAGGACACUGUUUAUUCAAAUGGUUUCUAGAAGAUGAGUCGAAGCAUAUGUAUAUUUUUUUUAAAUAAAAACAUUCUAAAAAAAAUUAAAAGCUAUAAUUCUUUCUUUUUUUGAGGUAAUUCAGCAAAAUUUUGAUUUGCCUUUUUAUUACGUAUUAAGUUAUUGUUACCAAAAUUGCACUUUGAAAACAAGGGUCCUGUAUUUGUAUUGAAAAUUUUGUAUGAUGCUGAACACAUACACCCUUUCCAUUUUGUUUGCUGCUGUUCUUGGUUAUCAGAGAAUUUUGCUGUUAUUUUUACUUUGAAUGAUUCCUCAUGGUUUUAUGUUUUUCUUUAUUUGCAUUUCCUUCCUUUUAUAGUCUGUUUUAUUGUAAGCUUAUUAGUGUUGCUUUUAAUGCUAUGCAUUACUGCCUUAGCUAUGUUAAGCAGAAUAUGACUAAAAAAUUUUGAAUUGUAGAAAAUAGGAUGCAAAUUUUAAUAAUGGGUGAAGAUUUUAUUAUUUUUUUUUCUUUUUAUGUAUCAACUUCGCUUUCAAGUGGCUGUGGGUGUGCUGUUUCUUAUUCUAUACUUUCAAAGUUCAAGAAGGAAGAAAAGAGGUAUAAAUUUAGCACCUGCAAAUACAUUUUUUGUUUAUAAACUAUUAGAAUGCAUAUUUCAGAUUCUUGGGAGAAGCAGUUUUUUGGGUGAGCUUGGUUAAACAUGUUUAAAAGUGUGAUCAACUGAUUUAUAAAUGAUAUGCAGAUACUUUGAUAUGUUUACAUGCUGCUGCUCAACAUUUUAUAAUUUUUCCCUCCUGCAUCCUUGCAUUGCCCACUGUCUGCAUUUUUUUUAUUAUUCAUUUUAUAAUCAGGCUAAAAGUUACUUUAAACUGUACAAUUGUCACAUUGUGUAAUGUAAUGUCCAUCCAACUUAUCAUCUAGUCAUUCACACUGUAUCACAUUUUCACUCAGUUCUGGAAUAUUUGAAAAGAAAAGAGAAAGUAGAUUUUUUUUUACAUGGCUGUUAGCUUUCUCCUUUCACACUUAAUACCUUGUAGAAAGAAGAAUCUGGUCUACAAAAAUGUUGCUGUAUCUUCAUUUCAGGUAUAUACUUUAAUGAACGUCACAACUGUUCCAUAUGUUGUCACUGUUGCAUAACUCCAAAGGCUAGCUGUACACUUAGAACAUCUAAACGCAGAUCUUUAUAAAAACGAUGUCUGUACUCUAGGGGUAAAGUCAGUCUUUAGGAAGAAGCUUUUAUUAAUAAAAAUGUUUCUGAAAAAAA